CAGCAGCAGCAGCAGCAGCAGCAGAGCGAGCAGCAGCAGCCCCUGCGGCGGCGCGGCGGCGGAAGUCGUUCCUGCAGGGGGCCCCCUGCCUCCUGCUGCAGUGGUGUCUCCCCGCAAGACAGUGGUGGGUCUUGCUGCUGGCGCAGCAGCAGCAGCAGCAGCAGCGGCCCUCGCUGCUGCAGUCGGCGCUGCUGCUGUCAGGGCUGCGGCUGCUGCAGCAGCAACGCAGCCAGAAGCUCAACACCCUCCCGCAGCAGCAGCAGCACCAGCAGCAGCAGCAGCAGCAGCAGCAGCAGCAGCAGCAGCGAGGCGCCGUGGGAUCGUCUCUUCGUGCUGGGAUCGUCUCUGUGGCACCUCGUUUUCGCGCCUUUGUCCUCCGGCCUUCGCCCCCCGCAGGAGCAGCAGCAGCAGCAGCAGCAGCAGCAGCAGCAGCAGCAGCAACAGCAGCAGCAGGAGCAGCAGUUGCUGCAGCAGCUCCGCAGCAGCACGCAACACAGAAAGAAAAGGCUGGGAGCCAGAAGACAGAAAGCAGCAAAAGAGACAAAAGGAAAUUCAAAAGGAGACUGAGGGGCCCCUUUUCUAUUUGCUGCUGCAGUAGCAACAGGUGCAGCAGCAGCAGCAGGUGCAACAGCAGCAGCAGCAGCAGCACUGCAGCACUCCUAAGUAUGUUCCUUCCGCUGCGCGUCCCAGGGCCUUUAGCUGCACUGCUGCCUGCUGCAGCAGCUGCUGCAGCAGCUGCUGCAGCAGCUGCUGCAGCAGAAACUACUCAUGCAGCAGCACCUACUGCUGCAGCAGAGGCUAGUCCUGCAGCAGCACCUGCUGCUGCAGCAGCAGCAGCAGAGACUGCCGACGCUGCGGCAGCAGCCAGUGCUGCUUGCCGUGGCGCUGCUGCAGCUGCCGAUUCUUGCGCUACAAGGGCAGCUGCGGCAGCUACUGCUACUGCUGCAGCUACUGCUGCUGCUGCUGCUGCAGCUACUGCUGCAGCUGCUGCUGCAGCUGCUGCUGCAGCAGCUGCUGCAGCAGCUGCUGCUGCAGCAGCGCGUCGCUCCUAA